CGCGCGCAGACGCUUGGGCCCGCUCUGGUGUGCGAUUGGCGAACGUGGACGCGGGGCCGAGCCUCGGGUGGUGCGUGUGCACGCGCAGGUCACGUACCUGGGUGCGACCUCGGCUCUUGGCAUUUGUGCCAUGGCGGUCUCUCUCCUGCUGCGGGGAGGACGAAUCCGGGCGCUGAAGGCUGCGCUCCUGGAGGCAAGGGUGUUCCGAGGAGAAGUGGCUUCUACGGUGUCCCUGUCUACAGACUCAGAGAACAGUGAGAAGGGGGAAAGACCAUAUGCCCCGACAGUCGAAGAUGUGGGAGCAGAGGAGAGGGGCAAGCUCCUAGCCACACACACAGCAGCGGCCCUGUCCAAAAGCUCACCUCCGCGCGGUUCUUACCCAUCAGUGGAGAACACAGGUGGGGCCGUCGCUCGUCCGCACCCCGGUGGCCGCCUGCCGCCCACAGAUGAAGGCUUUCCAAAGCGUUUGUCAAGAAAGACCGUGGUAGCGUUCCCUCAGAAAGUUCUGCCUCCACUCCAAGCAGGGGGUUCUGACUCAGAGGCUCAGCGACAUAAAGUGACAAGCACUUCAUCCUCAUCUUCCUCAUCCAGCUCCUCAGACUCAGACUCUGAUGGGGAGGAAUGUGACUCAGACAUUGGUCCUCGGGUGGCGAGCAAAGGCAAGGCAGGGUUUUCUAAACCGGAGGCCUCUCGUCCCUUGAAGAACGGAGCCCCUAAAGUCACGGCUUCUGCAAAAGAGAAGUCCAAGGUCCAAAAGCCACACACAGAUGUCGCCUACCCAGAGAAGUCCCUGCAGCCUAAGAAGAAAGGGACCUUCACCACGCUCGUAGAAGACAGCAAAGAAACCAGCUCCAAACCCAUGACCUCCAGGCCACAGUCCAGUGAGAUUUUGGAGCAAAACAUGAAGGAAGAACGCCAGCGGGGGAAACCGAGACCAGACAAGACAGGAAAGGAAAGCAGAAAGCCACUUGAAGCUGAAGGAAUCUUACCCGGCCACAGGAAAGCCAGAGCAUCCACGCAGCCCACGAGUGGGCCAGUGCCCACAACGCAGACACGAGAGGCCAGCUCAGAACAUCCGCUAGCCACUGCCUCCAGGGCGGGAGCUAGACAUCUGGAGCCAGAAGUGCCAGAGCCCAGACGGAAGACCACUUCUCCCCUGGUCAGAAAAGAAAGCCUGGGGAAGCAGGUGCCAGAAGGAUGCUCCCAGACUGGGGAGGAGGCCUUGGAAGAUGAGAAACCAGUGAGAUAUUCGAAGACCGUGCCUGCUCAGGAGAAAGAUACCUUGGAAGCCAGCGCUGGACCACAGCUGGAGGGGAGGUUCCAGGUGGCAGUCGGCGAAGCCCUGCCCACUGAUGCAGACCCAUCCCAGGAAGCCCCAGCCGACACACAGGAGCCCGAGCUGACUGACACCACCACCUACAAGAACCUGCAGCACCAUGACUACAACACAUACACCUUCCUGGACCUGAACCUGGACCUCUCCAAGUUCAGGCUGCCACAGCCGUCUUCGGGACGAGAGUCGCCUCGACACUGAGCUCAGCUCAGGGCGGACCCCCAUGUCGGUCCCAUGAAUCCUUGCCUGUGAGAAUAAAAGGCAGAGUCGCAAAA